AUGGCUGCUAUGGACGUAGAGCAUAUGCCUGUAACUUCUCCACGUCUUAUGACGUCGGAUCCUUCUCGAAAAAUGCGAAAACCUUUAGAGAAAGAUACAAAGGAAUCCCAACAGGAAGAAACUGAUGGAAUUAAAGAUUAUUACAUUAGUAAAAUUGAUGAACUCCAAUUUACUCUAACUGAGAAUAUGCAAAAUUUAAGACGUCUCGGUGCUCAGCGCAAUGAACUUAAUGCUAAAGGUAUACUUUGUUCCUUCCUGUUUAUCCGUUUUUUAGUUCGACUUUUACGUGAAGAGCUACAGUUUCUUCAAGAGCAAGGAUCGUAUGUUGGUGAAGUUAUUAAACCGAUGGACAAGAAGAAAGUCUUGGUUAAGGUGCAACCAGAAGGAAAAUUUGUUGUCGAUAUUGAUAAAAACAUCGAUAUCGCCUCUGUUACACCAAAUUGUCGUGUUGCCUUACGAAACGAUAGUUAUACAUUGCACAAAAUUCUUCCCAGCAAGGUUGAUCCACUCGUAUCUCUUAUGAUGGUUGAGAAAGUUCCUGAUUCGACUUACGAAAUGAUUGGCGGUCUAGAUAAGCAGAUUAAAGAAAUUAAGGAAGUUAUCGAACUGCCCGUUAAACAUCCAGAAUUGUUUGAAGCUCUCGGUAUUACGCAGCCAAAGGGUGUUUUACUCUAUGGACCACCCGGUACUGGGAAGACUCUUCUUGCCCGCGCUGUUGCUCACCAUACUGAAUGUACAUUCAUCCGUGUAAGUGGUUCAGAACUCGUCCAAAAAUUUAUAGGAGAAGGUGCUAGAAUGGUUCGAGAGCUUUUUGUAAUGGCUCGUGAACAUGCUCCUUCGAUUAUUUUCAUGGAUGAAGUGGAUUCUAUUGGCUCAGCUCGUUUGGAGAGUGGUUCUGGUGGUGAUAGUGAAGUCCAGAGAACUAUGUUAGAGUUAUUGAAUCAACUUGAUGGUUUCGAGCCCAAACAAAAUAUUAAGGUCGUUAUGGCGACUAAUCGGAUAGAUAUUCUCGAUUCUGCUCUUCUUAGACCUGGCCGUAUUGAUCGUAAGAUCGAAUUCCCUGCCCCUAACGAAGAGGCGCGUUUGGAUAUAUUGCGUAUCCAUUCUCGUAAAAUGAACUUGACUCGCGGUAUUGACCUUCGUAAAAUCGCUGAACUUAUGCCAGGAGCAAGUGGUGCUGAAGUCAAAGGUGUCUGUACUGAAGCCGGUAUGUAUGCUCUUCGAGAACGCCGUGUUCAUGUGACUCUAGAGGAUUUCGAAAUGGCUGUUGCUAAGGUUAUGCAGAAGGAUUCCGAUAAGAAUGUAUCUAUCAAGAAACUCUGGAAGUAA